CGUGACGGGCAGCGCGGAACCAAUACACGGAGCGGCGGGUUUCCUCGGAGUUUGUCUGUUUUGUUUGUUUUUUCUUUUCUUUUCGCAGGAGUUAUGGCCGCAAACUACCAGAACUCGACUCUUUCUCUCACUCUGCCCAUUUCCUGUCAGAUCUGCCUCGGAAAGGUCAGACAGCCGGUGAUCUGCGCCAACCACCACGUGUUCUGCUCGCGCUGCAUGGAGACCUGGCUGAAGAACGCCGGCCAGUGUCCCACCUGCCGGGAGCCCAUCACCGAGGAGAACCCCUGCAGGGAGAUCAUCGGAGGGACGAACGACGGCGAUUACAGCGAAAGUCCUUCCAUGAGGAAACGUCUGCGGAAAACCAGAGCAGAACUGCUUCUGCAGGAAUACGAGGAGGAGAUCGAUGGACUAAUGAGAGAAAACAAGGAGCUCAAAUCCAGAAACGAGAUCCUGGAGGAGCAGCUGAGGAGCGCCCUGGACCCCGGCGGCGUGAGCGCCCCGCAGCCGGAGGACGACCGAAGAGUUUCCUCCUUCGUGAUGGAGGAGUGGAGGAACAAGCUGCAAGCUGCCACCGACGUUUGUGAGAAAAUAAAGCAGGACAUGGACAAGCUGAGAGAGACCAACAAGGCGUUGCGGUCUCAAAACGUGGACCUGGUCCAGGAGAACCUGAGGCUGAAGGCGGAGGUGGCGAGCAGGUCUCCUCAGAAGUUCGGUCGYUACACGGUGGCGGCGCUGGAGGCCAAGAUCCAGCAGUACGAGCGCGACGUGGACCACCUGAAGAGGGCCCUGGAGCGCAGCGACCAGUACGUGGACGACCUGGAGUCCCGGGUUAAAAAGGCUGAGAAGAGACAGCUGGAGGCGAGCGGCACCGGCGGUUCUGGACCAGAAUCCGUCCUCCAGCAGCAGAAGAUCAGCAUGAUGAUGAGGAGUCUGAGCGACAGCGAGAGGGAGUCCAUCUGCGACCCGGGGACCCAGUUCCAGCAGGACCUGGCUGGAGGGCAGAAGCACGAGGACUCUGAAAGCUCCUCCUCGGACUUCCAGCCCUCCACUCCCUCCUCUGCUUUCCGCUCCCUGACCCUGAGGAGUCCUGCCCUCCGCAACAAGAAGGUCUCCUUCAGACCCGCCUCGUUCCUGAGGCGGCUCGACUUCCACGAGUCUCCUGAGAAGAACGCGUUCGGCGUCCCGGAGAAGUUUCCCCGAGGGGACGCCGUCCUCUGGGGUCCGUGGCAGAGAUCUCACGAGGCGAAGGAGUCGUCGGGCGAAGACCCGGAGRGUUUCCAGAGCGCCAGCGAGGCCUCCAUGGACGCCGCCUACCUAAACAAGAUCUCUGAGCUGGACUCCAUGAUGCUGGAYGGAGACGGCUCCAGCAGCCGGGGCUCGCAGCUCUCCCUGGCCUCCUCUCCUCUCCUGGACCCGGAGCCACAAACCGGCCUGAGCGACGCAGCUAGAGCCGCGGUCCAGAACCAGAACCCCGGCRAGAACUCGGACCAUGAACCCAAAGAGACUCGAGGCGACAGUUUCUCAGCUGGGCCUUCGAGGAGCGUAGGAUCCUCUCAGACCGAAGAGCUGUCCUUCGAUCUGCUGUUCGACCCGCUGGAYGAGGCCUCCAGUCCCCUUAGUCCGGUUCCCCGGCUCCAGGACCAGGCGGACCCCCUGUCCUCCUCCAGUAAUCCUGUGAACACGACGAGAGAGAGGGCUGCAGCGAGCGGCCAGCCCACAAAACGUAAAUCUCACAGCCCCUUCAGCUCAACCAGCCCCACCAAACUCUCCAAACUCAUGUGACUCGAAUAAAAAAAAAMCCGUCUGAACUCUGGAACUGGACCGCACCGUCAGCGUUUUUUAAAUCACUGAGCACGUUUGUGCACAGAGUCAUGAAACAACAAAGAGAAACCGUUGUUUUAACUUUCCCUCCAGCCGAAGCUGUUUGUCUUCAGAUGUUUUGUUUUAUUUGGAUUCAAACCUAAAAUGAACUGUUGUGAAUCUGUGGAAUCCUGAAAGAACCGUCUGAUGUUUAGUGUGUUGAGAAAUAAAGAAAUGAUGUAAUGUAAAACAAAUAAUAAAUAAAAAGAUGAGACUGAUUA